AUGCGUCGCAUCGCGGGAGCAUUGAAUUUGGCUAAUUCUACAUGGGAUCCAGAACUGUCUCAUAGAAUUAUGUGCCAAAUGUAUCGUGAGUACCAAAAUGCUGUGAACCGCAGUAGCAAAAUGCUCUAUUUGACUAACAUUGUCUGGCGCUUUUCUGAGAGUACAAUGCCACACGAGGUGGCUAAUUUUCCAUAUUCUGCGGAAUUCUUCGUUAUGAAGGAGGAUUUGUCCAUUCCGAAUCCAUCUCAAAUGUUGGCUUUUGAUGUCAUCGACGCCUUGGGAAAAUACGCUAGCUUUGCAACGCAUUUCAUUCGUCUCUGUCGCGAAAAAAUUGACGGAUCGGACUACAUCGUUUACAAUAUCAUUCUUGCGCAGUCGUCAAAACGCUUUGUUCAUAAGACUUCUGAGUUUGCUUCAUAA